AUGUCACAAUCUAUUCCCAGGGCAUCAUGGCUCUCUCUCUUUAUGGUGGCACUGCUGGCAGUGUCUACUGUCAACGCACACCCAAUCUCCCAGACAGACAAAGAUACAGAACAACGACAAGUAGUGAAACUUGAAUCUCGAUCACCGGUUAGUCAUCCUCAGGUGAUACUCUAUCACCUAAAGAACACACUUCUAAUAGAAGAGCAGAGACUUAUUACAGACACUCAGAAUUACGUUCAUGACAUCCUGCAAGGGUUAGGCCUGGAAGAUCCAACCCCAACCGCCGCGCCCACUGCCAGCAUCGAGACCACGCAGCAGCAGAACCCGGAGAACACGAAGCCAACACACAUGACCUACUCAGAUUCCAAUAUUUAUGCACCCAGUUAUGACAGCAACGGGGUGGGUUUCACUCAGACUGUGAAAACCGAGCACAGCAACAACAGACCGGUCGAGAACGUUCAGGUUGGGCAUGGUUGGCGCGGGGGUGAUGAAAUUACUCCUGAAGAUUUCCCUUUUAUCUUUGAGACUAUGGCUAGGGAGCUGGGGCAUCGAUUCAAGAAUAUGGUUGAUAGCUCCGAUGAGGUUGGAUUGGCUAUCUUCCUGUGA